UUUUAAGAAGGAGAUAGUGGUGGACGGACAGAGCAACCUACUGCUCAUCAGAGAUGAAGGGGGCCCUCCGGAGGCUCAGUUUGCCCUGUGGGUGGAUGCAGUGAUAUUUGUGUUCAGUCUGGAGGAUGAGAUCAGUUUCCAGACAGUCUACCAUUACUACAGCCGCAUGGCUAACUACCGCAACACUGCUGAGGUGCCUCUGGUGCUGGUGGGGACGCAAGAUGCUAUCAGCUCAGCCAAUCCCCGGGUCAUCGAUGACACGCGAGCACGCAAGCUGUCCAAUGACCUGAAGCGCUGCACCUACUAUGAGACGUGUGCCACCUACGGCCUCAAUGUGGAACGGGUCUUCCAGGACGUGGCCCAGAAGAUCGUGGCGACCAGGAAGAAGCAGCAGCUGUCCAUUGGUCCGUGCAAGUCCCUCCCCAACUCCCCUAGCCACUCCUCUGUGUGUUCUGCACAGGUGGCUGCAGCAGUACACAUCAGCCAGACCAGUAAUGGCGGCAGCCUGAGUGACUACUCCUCGUCAGUCCCCUCCACCCCCAGCACCAGUCAGAAGGAGCUACGCAUCGACGUCCCCCAGACCACCAACACCCCCACACCCGUCCGCAAGCAGUCCAAACGCCGCUCCAACCUCUUCACUUCUCGGAAGGCCAGCGAGCCAGACAGGGACAAGAAAGGACUGGAGGGCCGAGCGGACAGCAUUGGAAGCGGCCGAGCUAUUCCAAUUAAGCAGGGCAUGCUUCUGAAGAGGAGUGGCAAGACCCUAAACAAGGAGUGGAAAAAGAAGUACGUGACGUUGUGUGAUAAUGGCCUGCUCACAUAUCACCCCAGCCUGCACGACUACAUGCAGAACGUCCAUGGGAAGGAGAUAGAUCUGUUGAGGACCACAGUGAAGGUCCCAGGGAAGAGGCCUCCCCGAGCGGUGUCUACCUGUGUCGCUGUCCCCAGCCCGAAGACCAACGGCCUGGCCAAGGACAUGAGCAGUCUGCAGCUGGGACCUGGUGGCCCUGGCUCUGUGACCAGUAGUUUGUCAGCCUCUCAGAUGGCCAGUGGGAUCAGCUUGGUGUCCUUUAACAGUCGUGGGGACGGCAUGCACCAGAGAUCCUACUCAGUCUCCUCCGCCGACCAAUGGAGCGACGCCACCGUCAUCGCCAACUCAGGAGUCAGCACAGACACGGGUCUGGGAGAGUCUGUGUGCUCCAGCCCCUCCAUCUCCAACACCACCAGUCCUAAGAUGGACCCGCCCCCCUCGCCGCACGCCAACCGCAAGAAGCACCGCCGGAAGAAGAGCACCAGCAACUUCAAAGCCGACGGCCUCUCUGGUACUGCGGAAGAACAAGAGGAGAACUUUGAGUUGACCAUUGUGUCUUUGACGGGCCAGACGUGGCACUUUGAGGCCACCUCGUACGAGGAGAGAGACGCCUGGGUCCAGGCCAUCGAGAGCCAAAUCCUAGCCAGCCUGCAGUCCUGUGAGAGCAGCAAGGCCAAGUCACGUCUGACCAGCCAGUCUGAGGCCAUGGCCUUACAGAAUGUGAGGAGCCUAAGAGGGAACUCUCGAUGUGUGGACUGUGAGGCCCAGAACCCCGACUGGGCCAGUCUCAACCUGGGAGCGUUGAUCUGUAUCGAGUGUUCAGGGAUCCACAGGAACCUGGGGACCCACCUAUCUCGUGUUCGGUCCCUGGACCUGGAUGAGUGGCCCCUGGAGCUCCUCAAGGUCAUGACCUCUAUAGGCAACGAGCUGGCCAAUGACGUGUGGGAGGGCAACGCACAGGGACGCCUCAAACCAGCACCCGACGCCACCAGGGAGGAGCGUGAGCGUUGGAUCCGGGCUAAGUACGAGCAGCGGUUGUUCCUGGCGUCGCUCUCGGGGGUGGACCUAUCCCUGGGCCAGCAGCUGCUGAGGGCCACAGCCGAGGAGGACCUGCGCUGCGUCAUCCUGCUCCUGGCUCACGGCUCCCGGGAGCAAGUCAACGAGACGUGUGGAGAGGGAGACGGACGCACCGCCCUUCACCUGGCGUGCCGCAAGGGCAACGUGGUCAUCACACAGCUCCUCAUCUGGUACGGGGUGGAUCUGAUGGCGAGGGACGCCCACGGUAACAGCGCGCUGGCGUACGCACGGCAGGCCAGCAGCCAGGAGUGUGUUGACACGUUGCUGCAGUACGGCUGUCCCGAUGAACGCUACCCACUUAUUGCCACGCCCAACCUGUCCCGACGCAACACCAACCGCAACAACAGCUGCAGCAGCACGGGCAGCACCGCACUCAUAUAAACACUACCGCCCCCUUCAGGAGGCCUCUGGGUACUGCGGCUCGCAGGAUAUUAACAGGCUAAACACACAUUGUGACAUUGUAUGCAUAUUACACACUCAAACUCCUGACUGAAAAAACUCCUGACUGACAUUUUUGGAAGUGAGGGGCUUGGAGAGAGUCUGAAUUGGGAGAAAUGACUGAACUCUUUUGGGAACCACUACUUCUGCACUCCUUGUCUUAGAGCCCUCGUUGACCUCUUACCCUCUCCACUCUGCCACUAAUCUCACACAGAAGACACUAGCACUCCUGUUGUAGUUGCCGUUGAUGAAGCCCUCUGUCCUUUUGGCUCUCUGCCCCACAUCAUGAUGACCCCCCCCCCCCCCCCCUGCGCUUCGGUCCAAUUGUCAAUUUCCUCACAAGGCCCUCCCCUGUAAAAGCAUGGGGGCAGGAGGUGGCUUGGCGUUACUUCCGGGUGGAGUCAGGUCACCGGCUUCCCUCACUGCUAUCUACCUGGCUGCAUGUAGCCCUAAGCAUGAUGGGACAUGGGGAGGAGGUGGCCAAAAUCACGUGAAAAGCAGCGACACCCCCUUCUCAUAUACCCUCUAUUGACUCCGAUCUGCAAUCUGCUCCCAGCUUCAACCCAGGCCACACACACACUAUAUCACUGCUAUAUCAGCUGUAUAGAAACAGAGGCCUGCAGGUUUGGAAAGACUUUGGAUGUUUGAAGAGGGCCUCUGUAGCAUGUUGGGGAAGGGGGGGUUGCUUUUCGCUUAAGUUAUGGGAGCUCUACCUUAUAACAUGAGAACUACAAAGAACUACGAAGAACUACAAAGAACUACAAAGAACUACAAAGAACACUGAUCAACUGAACAGAACUCCUCUUCUGCUCUGCUUCUUUAGUUCUCCACAUAAUCAGUGUUUCCCCUUUCUUCUCUUCAGUAAAUUGUGAUCUCUCUCUCCUCCUGUGGAUGUUUUUUUUUUUUAUGAAAUGUGAAACAAAAAUAUCUUCUUGUAUAAACAUUUUAAGAAAGUGAGAGAAAAAAAAAUCCUAAAUAUCCGAUAUUCCUUCUAAAUAAAACAGAAAGUGUGAUAGCAUGUCAGACACUUUCUCUGUUGAAUUAAAGAAAGGUUGUUCAUCACGUCCAAAUUGUGUAUAUCUCAUUGUGAAUUGCUGGACCAAUGAAUCAGUUCCACAGAGAAGUGAGUUUGUCAUAUAUAUUAGAAGCCACUUGCUAGGUGUAAAAAGCGUGUAUGUAUUUCCAGGCUCAGGGACCAGAGACUGUCAAUUCUCCCCCACAAUUCCAGUCGCCUCAACAACAGUCUUAGAUUUACAUUUCAUCCGUUCAGAAGAACAGUCCACCUACAGAAUGUAUAGGAAGCCUCAUGAUGCGUCGUACCAGACCAUCAGCCUUCUUCAGGAUGAUCAUAGGGUCCACUCAACCCACACAGAGACCAAGGGAAAAUGUUUCAUUUUUCCUGUUUUAUCCUUCUGCAUAUUAUUCUGCCUUUUCUUUACUUUUAUCAGGUCAUCAAAUACACUGUAUCUGCUGUUUCAGCUGGAAACACAUGAUAACGUAUUGUUGCGUAGUGAUAGGCAGAGGAUGGGAGGAAAUGGAUAGGACUCAUGUUCCUGUUGAUUACUUAGGUGUGGUGCAGCUAUCAGUUGUCAGGUCCAUACUCCCAUUCACUAACGCUGAUCUACAACUGAUCCAGGAACAGCAUCCACGGUGUAAAUGUAGCACUAUUUAUACUAGAUGGGCUCAUCAGUGUUAAAUGUAUUUAAUGUAAUCUAAGAAGACGUUUGUCUGGCAGUUCAACCCAUGAUGGGCUGUCAGCUUUUGUAGAAUAUUUAUGAUCUGAUGGAUACUGUUUCUUCAUUGAAUUAGACUUUUCUGAUUCGGAGAAGAGUUCUUAAUUUGGGCCCCCUCUGAGUUUUCCCCUUGUCAAGUUGACUGACAUCAUAUAUGACAUCAUUGGUCAGGAUAGACUCUGGGCCGCCUCCCAUCGGGUCUUCUGAGGUACUCGGCAUGCGUUUCCUCCAUCCUCUGUCUGUCAUUGGAUAUCCAUGUCUGUUGCUCCCCAACCAAUCAUACAGUCUCUGCCUCUUGAAUCUCUUCGGUUGCGUCCUGAAUGGCACCCUAUUCUCUUGAACAGUGCACUACUUUUGACCCGCGCCCAUAGGAUUCUGGUUAAAAGAAGUGCACUAUGUAGGGAAUAGGCUGCCAUUUGGGAUGCAUACUAUCUGCUCAGUGACUCAAUAGGAAGGGCUUCUCUGGGUCUGGAAUCCUACUGUGUGUAAAUAAUAUUUUACUUGUCUCUUCCUCUAUCGCUUUUCUUUCUCUCUUUUUGAAAAGCUCUUUUGGUGGUGAUGUCAUGAUGUAUCUGCAGGAAGCAGGAAGUUCUUUACUCUGAGAGCGUCGUGUUCUCUCUGGGGUUUGAGUGGAGAUUUGCUGAUGCCCAUGUGUUUUUAUUGGAAGAAAUCAGCCAGUGAUGGGUUGACUGAACGAUACUGGAAUGUUUAGCAUCAGGGGCUCUCCUCCUGUCCCUCUUCCUGUUGCCAACGUCUCUGCUCUGCACAAGUCCCUCUGCCUGUUCUUCAACCUUACUGUGUGUGCGUCCUCGUGUGUGAUAUGAGUCUUUCUCCCCCAAACCAUUCCUAAGCAUCAAAUGCUCCCGUAUUUAUGAUUGCUUUUGCCCUUGAUGUUACCUCCCGUGUGUGUGUGUGUGUGUGUGUGUGUGUGUGUGUGUGUGUGUGUGUGUGUGUGUGUAUAUAAACGCCUAAUAUAAGUAGUGACUCCUGCCUCACCUGUACAGGUAUUAAAGCAAUAUGGAGGACAGGUAUUGAUAUCCAUGCUAACAGUGGUGUUUCUGUUCUACACACACCUUGCAAUACCUGCGUACGCUGUAGAAAAGCCCAUACAUCACACACACGCUUCUGUGUCCGAUAGAAAUGUGAAAAGAGCUAAACAUGUUGAGUGUGAUUAACAUGAGAAGUGCUGAGACAACCGGAGUUGUCCACAGGCAGCCAUGAACACUAACGUGAACCUGACCAAACCUUUAUUGAAUCUUAUUGUUGCAGUAGCAGAAAUAGCAGCGUUAAACCUCUCCCUCGUCACUAGAGGGGUUCUCCCCCUCAAUAACACUUGUGAGGUUUUGACUGAGGAGAAGACAAAGUCCUUUUAUUUAUGACAAGACGAUGCACUACGUAUUCAGUUUGAUGGUCUCUCUUCAGUCCUCUCCUCACAAAGUCUUUCCUGUAGAACACUUUUGCAUGGCUGGAUGUUUGUGUAGAUCCCUGGUCUCUUCCCUCAUAAUGUCUGCUGGCCUGAAACAGUUCCUGUCUCAGCCCCUGGCUCUCACACUAGUGGGAGAUAUGAGGAGGUUUAACAUCGUAUUGGACACAAUCCUCAUUGGUGGUCAAGCUGCUCUCCUUCCCCCUCUGAAUCAGCCAGUGGAAUUCAUUAUUAGCCAAUAGUGUGAGCUGUCCUCCCUUAUAGUUGGGUUCAGGAAGCAUCAAAAAACUAGCCUGGAAUCCAGAAGAUAUCAUUUGUUUCAUUGGUGAAACGGAGCAUGUCAGUUUGGUUUCCAGGCUAUCUAGAAGCUACUUUUUACACGUGAGACAUGUAUCAGUGUGACCCCUGCCAGGGAGAAGAGCACUAUGGUGGACGGGGGACACAUCACCAUGUCAAUCAGUCUGCUGUUACUUUAGUACCAUUAAACCGGCCACAGCUCUCCCUUCUAUACAUGCCAGUCGACACAUCAUCAGCACAGCGUUCACCACAUGUACAUAGAUGUAAACAACAAACGCUAAUAAACAAACUAUGGUCAUUUGUUUUUGUUUAUUUGGUUCCAGUGUGUAUUUGGUGACCUCUUUGUCGUUGGUCAUUCAUCCUGUAUGUAGCUACCCAACCCGAGACGACUGCCAGUCAAAUGGUUUAAUAUGGUUCUAAUGCUGUCUAGAUAUGGAAGAAGACCUCUCUUCUCAUAACUGCUUGGGUUUCGUUCAGUUAUCAGUCUAGUUCAUCCACCUUGAUUGUGACCUAUCAGCAUCAAGCAGGGUUAUUAUUACAAUUGUCAUUGGUCUCCUAAUUAUUAUUGUUAUUAUUAUUGUUCUAUUGAGUUUGUGUCAUCUGUACAGUACCAUGUUGAAACAUGAUACCUAAUACAGUCUUCUGCUGUAAUGUGUCUCUUUUCAAUAAAGACUAAAUAUGCUUCUUAA